CCCGGCCAAUGCAAGUCUCGCUUUUUGUCCCAGCUUCCCCGGAUUAAUUUUGACUCAAGAUUUUUGACCUCGGCGGGUCUCUGAGGCAAUGGGGACGGGUCCCCGCCAGGACCCCAACAGGAGCAGGGCCCCAGGGCUGCGCGCUCGGAGCCAGGCGGCCCCAGUGCGCGGCUCCGCGGGCAGAAGAGCUCCAGGGGCGGGGGCGGGCUCGGCGCGCAGCGGCAGGAGGCGGCGGGCGGACGCGAUGGAAGUGAAAGACGCCAAUGCUGCAUUGCUGAGUAACUUUGAGGUGUUCCAGUUACUUACCGAUCUUAAGCAGCAGCGCAAAGAUAGUGGAAAACACAAACAGAGCUCUGGCCAGCAGAAUCUGAACACUAUCAUGUACGAAACAUUGAAAUACAUAUCCAAAACACCGUGCAGAUUCCAAAGUCCUGAGAUCGUGAGAGAUUUUCUCAAAGCAAUGAAAGGCCAUAAACUAACCAAAGCAGAAAAGCUACAGUUGCUUAACCACAGGCCAAUGAGCGCAGUUGAGAUACAGCUGAUGGUAGAGGAAAGCGAAGAAAGACUAACAGAAGAGCAGAUUGAGUCACUUCUUCAAACAGUCUCCAGCAUUCUUCCAGGGAACCCAGAGGAAGAGCUGCAGAGACAGGCGACAAUGGCAGCUGAAGAAGAAGGUGACCCAGAAUAGACAGCAUCUGAACCUAAGUUGGCAACAUCAUCAAAAGCUUAAUGAGAAAAGAACCAGCUAAACUUUUUGAUUGCAAAGACCAUGUCUGGGGUUUUUCACCCGCGGCUUAAUCUUGUGUGACAUCACUGUACAGUAUGUUAAUGUUUUAUUGUAUAAAUCAUGAGAGCAACAGCUGUUUAUAAGAAACAUAAAUCAAAGGAGACCUCUCAUGUCAGCCUUUUGUGAGAUGCGAGAAAGAUAGUAACUGGCUUCAUAACACAGCAGUUUGUGACAUAGUGAAAAUAAACCUUACGCUUGAAUAUUCUUUUUUUCCAUUACCCAUGUAACAGCUGUUCUUUUCUGAGUAGGGUUAUAUGCAGCUGGCAGUGUUCUAAUUAUCAUAGCAAUACACUAUAAUUAUAAUUGAUUUAAUAUGUUUUUGAAUUACUCAACUGUUUUCCAGAGUGCAUUUUACAAUGCAGUGUCCGUUCUGUGUGGAAGAAGCCAUUUCAGGGUAUCGAUACACAGUUAGAAUAAAGUUCAAAAAUUGUUUAGUAUCCAUAUAAGAUCAGUAGUAAUAGAUCCUUAUAACUACUAAUAUCUUUAGGAUUGUACCAUGGAAGUGGAAGGAAUGUAAAGGCUGCGUUGAUAUGGUAACUAGUCUCAAGGACACCUCUGAUAUGACCCUAUGCUUAUUUUAAAUAUAAGGCCAGAUCCUCAGCUGAUGUAAAUGGACAGAAUCCCAUCAAAGUCAAGAGGGCUAUGCUGAUUCAGACCACUCGAGGAUCAGGCCCAUAAAGUUAGGGUUCUCAGUAAUGCAAACAAAAAACAAUUUAGAAGUAUAAGGCUGCUUUUUUUUUUUCUUUCUUUGAAUCACCUGUUGUCUAGGUGUUACAUGUAGAAGAUUGCACAGUCCACAUGAGCUAUGCUAUCAUGGCACAACUGGGUGAGUUAAUGAUGACACCAGAGCCUUAACUCUGAAUUUCCCUAUUUUGUUUUCAGAAGUUUAAUGAGGCUCAGUCCUUUCUCAAGCAAAACCUCCACUGAAGUCAAUACGAGUUUUGUCUGACCACAGACUACAGGAUCAAGCACUGAAAGUGCUAGAGAUCAUUAAAUCACAAAUCGUACAUGUAUGGUACAGGCCACACUGUUUCUUCUUACGAUAUGGCUGCAAACAAAACAUGUACCAAUCAUUGUAAUGUGUUAAAAGUCGAAAUAAAAAGUUUGAAAAAACUCCUAGGAAUUUCGUGGUUGAUCGCAGUGGGUGUCAAAAUAUCUGAUGUCUGUUUCCAGCUCUGUCACAGGGCUGGUCUACACUAAGGGGGAAAAUCGAUAUAAGAUACGCAACUUCAGCUAC